CUCUGGGGGGCUCCUGACAGUAGGAGGAUCCGCCUUCACUGUGGCGGGACUGCAGCUGGCGCUCUCCAGAGGUAGCUCAUACCUGCUCUCCGCCACACGCUCCCUCGCUACCAGGCAAGCGCUCAGCCAGUCCGCACGUAGCACCCGGACACCUCUCGGGAUCUCAGUGCAGCCGAGGAGAGAAGGCAAGCGACUCUGGCGGACGUUGUUCCCUACUAGGACGUGGGUGGCGGCGGGGGAGAGACAUGGCAAGACUUGUCCUCCUUUCUCCUCCAGUCGCUGGCGGAGAAUACGAGCACGAGCCUUGCCCAGUCCCGCGUCCAAGAUGAGUGCAUUAACGCCUCUCAGGAACUGCUCGCUAGACAUUUUCGCUCACUUUCUCGAUGAGAAAAGGACAGCCGGCACUCUUAGGUUCUAAAUAACGCCCACCACACGGUUUCCCCGCGAACGACCACGCCCCUUUUUCUAGACGAGCUGAGAUCUAGAUGGACGUUCGACAGUUUGUUCGUCUAGGGAGGAAGAUUGUGGCGGUGGGAAGAAACUACAGGGCUCAUGCGGCAGAGCUGGGGAACACUGUACCAGAGCAGCCGAUGGUUUUCCUCAAGCCUACCUCCUCGUACGUGACUCAGGGGAGGCCUAUUGUGAUUCCCCCCAGAGUGACGGAGCUACACCAUGAGGUUGAGCUGGGUGUGGUGAUUGGGAAAGAAGGCAGGGACAUCCCCAAAUCAUCCGCUCUGAGCCAUGUUGCCGGCUACGCUCUGGCUCUAGACAUGACUGCUCGAAAUCUACAAAACGAAGCCAAAAAGAAGGGGCACCCCUGGAGUGUUGCCAAGGGAUACGACACGUUUUGUCCAGUGAGUGAUUUCAUCGAUCGUGACCAGCUGGACUGGAGCAGCUGCACUCUGUGGCUCAAAGUGGAUGGCCAGGAGAAACAGAGGGGCUCCACUAGCAACAUGAUCUUCCCCAUCCCAGACCUCCUUGCCUUCAUCAGCUCCAUAUUCACUCUUGAACCAGGCGACCUCAUCCUGACGGGUACACCGGAGGGGGUGGGGCCUGUUGUUCCUGGUCAGACCAUCACUGCUGGUCUGGACGACUUCUUGGAGAUGACUUUCCCUGUCGUUGGACCUCGGUAGUAUACGGUGUUUUUUUACGGUUUGGGUGUGAAUAUACGGAGAAUGAUUGUUACGCGCCCUGCGUAAAUCACCCCACUAGUUUUUUAGCGCCCCACCUUUUUUGGGAGUGAAGGUGUGUGUGUGUAGCUGGCAAAAACAUGGAGGGUUUUGAGGACGAGAAGCAAGAAGUAGAGCCGUUCGAGACGACCGUCUUUCCCUCUACGCGUACCAUCCGUAACCCAGGCUCCCGGAUCUUCCACGGCUGCCUGAUUUUCCCUCUCCUGCUAGUCAUGGCGCUGGCCGUUACCUCCCUCAGUUACUUCGCCGUCAUCAACGAGAGAGUCGGAGAUCUACGGCUGCCGAACGAGAACCAAAAGUGCGUGUUGUUCGCCAGUUACAGUGAUAGCAGUAAGGGCAUGGACUUGGGCUCCAACCACGGCUGCGUGUUCUCGAUAUUCGGUGAGGUGGCAGUCGCCGUUGCAGCGGCUCUCCUUGUCGUGUGGAUGAUCAUAAAGACGUCUGCUGGAUUCCACCUGUGAGCCUGUGACCGAGCCUUUUAGCUAGAACCCCUGGCCCUGCCAGGAGAGUUCCACAAUAGCUGUGAAGGAAGCUGGCAUGUAAUAAACAACCAUAGGAAAGAGGGUAGUUUGACAACAGCUCUGUUUGAUUGCCCACUAACAAGCCCUCCUGCCUCUCUACCCAUGUUUCAGGGCGACGUGGAUGCUGGCAUGUGAGAUUCCAGUCUUUGUGCUCCAUGCGGUGUUUGCCUUUUGUGUCAGUGUCACAAUCUCUAUCGGUCUGGCCAUUACCUGUUCAGAGUACAACAAGAUUGCUUCAUCUACCGGAGGGUGCAGUAACUACACUUUACCCUGCCCCAAUACUCCUGCAUAUGAAGGUGUACGUUUUCAUCCAGACAUCUACAAGUCAAUGGUUACGUCAUGGCUAGCAAUGGUUCUGCUGACGAUGCUAGUAGUUGUUCACAUCCUCCUCUUCAUCUUCUUCCUGGUGAGACGGGCCCGGAGCAAGUCGGGUCACGAGCUCCUCCCGGUCAGUGACGGAGAGAGCUCCUCAGACGGAGAGGAGACUGACGAGGCAAUGGUCCCCAUCGCUGAGCUGGAGAAACGCUGACCUCAUAAGUCCCUAUAUAUUUUCUUGCUCUCCUGUUAUAUACGACUGAUUCUCCACAUACCCACUGCCACAGGCUACUCAUAGUUAGUGUUCUGCAGUGUGCGUGUGUGACACUAUAAUCUGGUCCUGUUGCCAAGCCGGUCAUUGUUUGUCGUCAUUUUCCAUAUUUGUCUCUUCUGUAGUGUACAUACAUAAAGGUAUUUGUAUAUAGACGAUGAUGAUGAGUGUGAAUAAUUACAUUGAACUCAAAGAACAAA